AUGAUUUUAGACACUAUGUCAAAGUCAAAACAAAGGGCAGCUUUGGUCUCCAAGACAACCAACACUUCAAGGAAACCAGCAAAGUCGACCUCAGCAAAACCAACUGGAGCUGGAACUGGAGCUGGAGCUGGAGCUUCACCAAGGACAGUCAAAGCAAAGAAAUCAUCAGUCUCAAAAAUGAUCUCAUCCAUGGCAAGCCCAGAAGAUGACCCCUCCAAAAUUCCAACCAAAGAGGAGCUUCAGGAAGAACUUGGAUAUGGGAAAACAAAUACCGAUAAACCCCUGGUGAACGCUUUUAAACACGCCCGCUACAAAUGCUACAAUAAUUUUCUUGCGGAUACGGGAAUCAGCGAAAAGAGGCUCUCGGAAUGCCUCACAUCCCUUUUGAUCAAGUACUUUUUUCGGUUCAUCAAUGGCAAUCGUAGAAGGGUCAUCAGACGCAAGAACCAAAAGCAAUUAAUAGCAAAAAACGGAAACUCUGUCGAGGACCCCAUUACAAUCGAGGACUUGUCAGAUGACUGCUGCCCUGCUGUUGACGAGCCCGACGAGACGUCCGAUCAUGCUCCUAAGAGAGAGCCGUAUCCAGAGGAUUCUCCUACCUUGGAUAACUUUCCCGAGAGAUUACCUUCUCUUCCUCCACCACCUCAGGGUUACUUCAGCCAUAACAACCACCAAACAGUGACUCAACUCCCCAACAGGGCAACCUCUAAACGUCCAGCUGAAGCUGAACUUGAAGAGGACCAAAAUCGAGCAAAGAAUCCCCGUUUCUUUGACGCUUUUGUGCCUCCGUCUGACGACGACACCGCAGAUAGCGCCUUCUCUGACGUCUCCGACAGAAUCUUUCAUGAAUUCAACAACCGUGAGAACAGAUCAAAGAGGAGAAAAGACAUAAUUCAUGAAGAUGAAAAUGAGGAGCUAGACCCUUCAACUGACGCCAACCUGCGUUCGUCUACAGUCGAUAGUGGAGUCUUUGUCGGCGGAGCUGCAAGGGAGGAGGGUCUCGAGAGUGCCAGAAAUCAGGCCAAGGAAGCUUUACCACAUGAAUCCAUGACAGAGAGACGCAGUUCUGUUCUUGACGAGAUCAGCGAGAGACCGGCAAAUGCAGCUCCACUUCAUGGUUACUCAGAGUCUGGAGAGAGCAGCAGGGCACUCCAAGCACACAUGUCAUCUCUGGGAGAGGCCGAAUACGAAUCCAAACUCGAUGCACCAACACAUUUCGCCAGCCCCAGUCACGAGCUUUUCGCCGCCCCAGGACAAAUCCCUGUAGAUCUUACAGAUGAUAUCGACGGCAUAUCGGCUUCUUGGGCCCUGGGUGAUGACAUGACACCACAAAGGGGCCUAGACGAUAUUGGAGGUCCGCGUUUUCUAAAGGAAAAGUGCGAGAACCCAUAUCAGGCUCUUUUAGACAUACCAUCAAAGAAACAACCCUACUUCGACUGCGAGCACGCCAAGUAUGUUCUUGACAACCAUCUUCGCAGCCAUGCCACCAAUACCGACACACCUAUAAAGUUCGCCUUUGCAGUGCGGCACUGCACCGGUCACGCAGACCGAUUCACAUUCUCGCCUUAUAGCUUCUUUUCCAUGUCCCUUCAAGAGUUUGUCGAAGCUCUGCCUAUGGAGGACAAGGAGAAGAUCGCGGGAUUGUGUAUCCGGCAAUAUUCCGGGACCAUCACGCAUUUGCGGCAGGUUUAUUUAUAUAAUGAGGAGGUUUUCGGAAACAUUCGAGAAGAGUUUAUGCGACAUAUUGAGAAUGAUAUCAAGAAAGCAAGGGGUAUGGGGAAGAGGUUGGAUUAUGAGAUAAGUAUUGAGCCGCUUACCGAUGACGAUUGUUAA